AUGUUGCAGCCCAGACUUCUAGCGCCCAUGAGGGCGCUGGAGCGAGCCAUUGUCCCAUCCGUCCGAUCAUAUUCGACUGCCACCCGUCCGCAGUCCAUCUUCCCGCGCUCCUUCACGGCGCCGGUCUCGAUCCCGAAGACAACACCCGCCAUUCCGCGUACCCUCCUCCCAUUCUCACAAGUUCGUUUCGCCUCGCACGCUUCUCAAGGAACAGCCAAUCGACACUCUCGUGAUCCCGCUGGAAAGCGUCUUGGUGCCAAGCGCACGGGUGGUGAAUAUGUCGUCCCCGGAUGUAUCAUCUUCCGCCAACGAGGAUCGUUAUGGUUCCCCGGCGAUAACUGCGCUAUGGGUCGGGAUCACACAAUCUACGCGACUCAGGCCGGCUACGUUCGAUACUACUUGGACCCGGAACGUCACCCCGAUCGUCGAUACAUUGGUGUGGUCUUUGAAAAGGACGGAAAGCUUCCACAUCCCCGAAACGCGCCCAGUCGACGCAAGUUGAACAUGACCACGAUUCCCCGAGCCGAGCCUGUCGAAUUCCAAUCUGACUUGGUCGCUUCCAUCGACGAGAGCGGCACCCAGGUGGGCAGUGUCGAGGCUGUCAAGGCGGAUUCUGGCCCCCAGUUGCGACCUGGGUACAUGUAUCGCGAAGCCAACUGGGUGAUUGGUCGUGCUGCCGAGAAGGCUGGCAUCAUCGCUCCCUCAUACAAUCGCAAGGACCGAUGGCUUGCGUGGAGGAAGCGACAGGCGCGUGCUGAGCGGGCCGCCCAGAUGAAGAGUCUGAAGGGCAAGAAGAAGUCUUCAAAGAAGGCCAAAUAA